CAUCCACCCCCCUUCCAUCGUAUCACUCUCGAAUCUCAUCUUUCGACUUCUCUCCUUUUUUUGAUGGUUCCAAUCUCUUACCAGACCACACCCCCCCUCCCCGCCAGAGUUCCAUGUCAACCCAAGUCAUCUCAUUCCUCUCCUCUUCCCCCUUCCCACCGCCAUGCGCCAAACCCUCCGUCGGUCGUGUGCCGCCUGUGCAAAAUCCAAACACAGCUGCGACCUCCGCACGCCGCGCUGCUCCCGCUGCGUCAAGCGGAGAGUCCUGUGCGUCUACGCCAACGAACCCCUGACGGCCGGGCCGGCGGCGGCUGCUGCUUCCGGGCCCUCGACGGCGCUGGGGGCCGGCACGUCCACGUCCACGUCCACGUCCGAGUCCGCGUCCCCGUCGCCGCCGUCUCCGUCGUCCCGGCGGUCGUCCGGGCCGCCCCUGGACGGAUCCGGCGCCCUGACCAACUACCGCUUCGCCUCUCUCGACCCCUUUGACUCUUACCCGCAGACCAGACUCCCCCGGGAACAGGUCCAGCGUCUGAUCCAUAGCUUUCUCCACAAGAUCGCCUUCGAGUACUACCCUCUGGACCUCAGCGCAACGUCGAACCCCUUCCUCGUCUCCUGGUGGCCGCUGGCCCUCGGCGACCCGGCCCUGUUCCACGUCUCCCUGCAGACGGCGUGCCUCGACGAGGAGCUGCUGGCCCAGAAGGGCUUCCAGUCCUCCGAGAUCCUCAUGGCCGACUCGGUGGCCUUGCUCAGGCGGAAAGUCCAAGACACGUCGCUCGCCAUACAGGACGGGACCAUGAACUCCGUCAUCACGUUGGCAGCGAUCGAGUUCGGCAAGGGAAACACUGCUGUCAGCGAUAUGCACGUCGACGGUGUCAAGAAGCUGGUCGACAUGAGAGGCGGCAUCAACGCGGUGAAGCAGACCAGCCCGUUGACUGCGAGGAUGGUGAGCUGGGUGUCGAUGAUCGUCACAGGCCGGCCUCAGUUCGACACGCAAGACGACACCGGCAUCGGCGACGGCGUACCCCCUCCGCCCGAGUGGCAGUCCGACCCGGCCGUCUCGCAUGAGGAGCUGACCGGGUUGGACAACCUCGAGACCGACUACGAAGUGAGAAACGUCCUGGCGCGUCUGCGCAGCAUCUCGCGGCGGACGAACCGAGGAGUGCCUCUGGCGCCGACUCGGCUCCACGACCUGGCCUGUUUCGUCAUCCAUCGACUGCUGCUGUCCACCCCGGACGAGAAAGGCUCUCCCCCCUGCCCACCGGGCCCGGAGUGCCUGCGAUACGCCAUCAUACUCUACAUGUUCCUCAUUCAGGGGCCGACGUACUACUCGCACGCCGUCAUCUUCAACACGAUCCUCGGGCGGUUCGUGGCCGACUUUGAGCGGCUCGCGUCGACGCCGCACGUGUACGACGAUCUGGGCGUCUGGCUCCUGACCAUAGGCAUGGCGGCGGCGAACGGCACGGGACACUACGAAUGUCUCACGGGGGUCGCCAGAGACGUUGCCGUCGCCAAGCAGUUGACGUGUUGGGGCGACGCCCUCGGCCAUGCCCGGGGCUUCCUCUGGCUGGAGACGCAUCACGGCGACAGCGUCUUCCGGCCUCACUGGGACGCGCUCUUGGGCGUGUCGGGACAGCCGCCCUUCGGAUAUCCUCUGUUACCUGUGGCGUAGACAGACGACAACGGCUGUUGGCAUGGUCUUGAGGUUGUGUUAUCGACUCAGGGUGUGUCCAAGACCACCGCGACCUGACUGGUCUGGGCACCAGUUGCGUUUUGUCGACGUUUGGUGUGAGUCCUGACCUUCACGUAUCGAAUGAGAGCAAGUCAUUUGGGGAAGCCGCGAGCCACUGUUGGGCGUAGGGAUAAGUAAAAUAAUGAUAACAACUAUUGGUUAGCUCCGAAGAGGGCCUACAUCAGCCGCAUGGUAGGUCAGCUUUGUGUGCUCUAGAGUGUGAUUACUGGUCAAGAGCUGACGAAGGCUCUUUAAGACAAACAGCUUCGUGAACUCCACGAACUGCCAGAACUCCUGGAACCCAGAUUUCGUCUACUCUAUCUACCAGACAUGUCAUGGUGAGGCCCCAUCAAAUCGAUCAAUAGUUACCAAGAACUCAGGGCCCGAAGGCAUGACACUGCUCCCUGCAGCCCUCAGAAGAAGACGGCAAACACUGCUUUUGGCCCCUUUCCCCCUUGCGUGCGCCAACCUGUCCCGACUUUGAAUGGCGAGCGACAGAAGCGGCCAACUUGCAUCUAGGAAGAGAUCAAGGUCGACGAAAAGAACUAUCAGGUUCACACUCGAAACUCCACGUGGACCCGCGAGACAUGCUCGACGCCUACUCUCGUGAAUCAACGAGGUCACCUCCCGGUCGUGGGAUGGUCGCUCAGACGCGGUUGUCCGGCGAAGGAUACUUGGACUGUCUACUCAAAGUUCACUCACCCAAUUCAUUGUUGAAGCCGAAAACGAGUGCCACCAGAGGGUUGGCAGACUGCUGCGGCGCCAAGUAAUGGCAAGUUCUUUUGACACGCCGGCAUCCCGGGCGAGUCAAUGAAUGGCAGGCGAGAGUCGCUCUCGGGCCCCCCGAAACAAUUUAUCAAAAGAUCUCAAGAAACAAGGCUUGCAAGAAACGGUGACUACCUUUGUUUGAAGAUGAAAACAAACAUGGGCCCGUUUGCGGUUUACUGUUUUGCUGUUCAAAUGGUCCCUAUACGGCCAAGUGGCGAUGGUUAUCUAAAAGAUGGGGGCUUGACAACGAAAGGGGCAAGGAUAAAAAGAAGAAAAUGCAUCAGACGAG